AUGACGAACGCGUCGCACCUUCUUGAACAUGCCGAAACCGAGCACUGCCGCGCCGACCCCAUCGACGACAAGGGGAAGCAGCCGCAGGACGAGUACUACUACCUCGCCCCAAGGAGAUACCGGAGUCGCGCGGCUUUCAAGCUGCAGCAGCUCGACGACUGCUUCCUGUUCCUCCCGGCGGCACACGCCGUGCUCGACCUCUGCGUGGCGCCGGGCGGCUGGGUCCAGCGCCCCCGUCGGCGCCUUCAUCUUCAGCGUCGACGUCGUGCUCAUCCGCCCUGUCCGCGGCGCGCACUCGCUCACGGAGGACAUCACCACCAGUCCACCACCAAGUGCCGAUCCGCUGCGGAAGCUCAUGGACUCCACGGGCGUCGCGCCUUCCACGUCGUUGCCCACGACGGCUCGCCCAACUUCAGCGGCGCGUCGGCACUGGAGGCCACCACGCAGUCCGCGCUUGUCAUCGACGCCGUUCGCUUGGCCACCGCGUUCCUCGCCCCCAAGGGAACUGAGUAG